CUGCCUCCUCCCUCUCCCCACUCACGACCUCACGAGCUCAGCAGCAGCGGCGGCAGCGGCCAAGACAAACCUCGAGCCCAUCCCUCCCUUGCUCCCUCUCCUCUUGACCCAUCACUCCCCCAAGAACCCCGUAUUCCCGGAGUUGGUGAUGCUCGUGGAGUUUGGCUAGACAUGGCGCCUCCACAGGAGCGUGACUACAUCGGGCUGUCGCCGGCGACAGCAGCCACGGAGCUGCGCCUGGGGCUGCCGGGCACGGAAGAGGCGGUGGCGGGGACGCCGCUCACCCUCGAGCUGCUUCCGAAGGGCGGGGCCAAGCGCGGAUUCGCGGACGCCAUCGUGCGGAUGGACGCGGCAGCAACAGGCAAGGCGCCGGCGGACGACGAGGAGGACAAGAAGAAGGCGCAGGCUCCGGCGGCAAAGGCACAGGUGGUAGGAUGGCCACCAAUCCGCAGCUACAGAAAGAACACCAUGGCGAUGAACCAGGGUUGCCUCUAUGUCAAGGUUAGCAUGGAUGGUGCGCCAUACCUCAGGAAGGUGGACCUUAAGAUGUACAACAACUACAAAGAGCUCUCGCUGGCGCUGGAGAAAAUGUUCAGCUCCUUUACUGUUGGUGAUAAUGAAUCUAAUGGGAAAUCAGGAAGAGAAGGACUAUCUGAUUGCCGACUAUUGGAUCAUAAAAAUGGGACUGAGCUUGUCCUUACAUAUAAGGACAAGGAUGGAGAUUGGAUGCUUGUUGGUGAUGUCCCGUGGAGAAUGUUCAUGGGCAGCUGUAGGAGGCUCAGGAUCAUGAAGGGCUCAGACGCAGUGGGCCUUGCACCCACAGCCACCGAGAAGAGCAAGAACGGUAACUAGGAAAAAAGAUGAACAUGCUCUGCUCCCAGCAGCCUCAUCAUACUCUUACCUGUAAGGUCCCAUUCUCAAACCCACAAGGUUAAAGGACUUAACAUGUGAGAAGGGGAUUACUUAUAUCCAUAUGUACCCCUAUGGUUUUUGUUUUUUCCUCUUAUUUUGCUUCUUUUUUUGGGUUUGGACUCAGAUAUGUUAGGUUGCAAACAUAAGAUGUGUGAGUAUGUCUAUGUCUGUCUAUUUGACCGUGUAUCAUGUUUUCUGUUGUAAAUGGUUUUUAUGCUGUAAGUUGCCAACUGUUUUUGGAGUGCUGCUUUGUGCUUACUAACUUCCCGCA